AUGGAUUACAGAUCGUUCAGCGGAGUCCCCCGGUUCUUGACCCGGCCUAAGGCGUUUAUGGUGUCUGUGGGGAAGGAUGCCACCUUGAGCUGCCAGAUCAUUGGAAACCCCAUCCCAGUUGUGAGCUGGGAAAAGGAUAAACUUCCAGUCCAGUCUGGGGGAAGGUUUAAAACCACAGAAGAUGGGGAUCUCUAUCGGCUAACAAUCUAUGAUCUGAGCCUGGAAGACAGUGGCCAAUACAUCUGCCGGGCCAAGAACACCAUCGGGGAAGCUUUUGCAGCUGUCAGCAUCAAAGUUGGAGAGGAGACCACAGUAACGGAGUCAGCCCCAUACUUCAUCCAGAAACCCUCCUCCAUCAAAGUAACAUUGGGAGAAGACGCCAUGUUCAAAUGCAAAGUCCAGGGCAGCCCUCCCCUCUCGGUGAACUGGGAGAAGGAUGGGAGGCACCUGCGGAACCGGGCUGAUGCUGGACGCUUCCAGAUUGAGUCUGCUGGGGAGUCAAACGCUCUCACCAUCCAGUGUGCCCGGCUCGGGGACAGCGGCACCUACACCUGCCGGGCAGAGAAUCCCAUCGGCUCUGCCAGCGCUUCGGCCGCACUGGUGGUCGAAAUGCAGGGCUCUUCCAACCCGGGCAGCAGCAGCCACUUCGAUACCAGCUGCGGCAAGACGGCAUCCUUGCUGUCUCACUUGCAAAAGAGGCGGGAGGAGAUCAGGACCAAAGGGGCCCGCAACGCAACUUUUGGGGCACUGACACGCACGUGCAGUGUGACGGAGGGGAAGCACGCCAAGCUGAGCUGCUACGUGACAGGCGAGCCCAAACCAGAGAUUGUGUGGAAGAAGGACAACGAGGUCAUUUUGGAAGGGCGGCGGCAUGUCAUCUAUGAGGAUGAUCAGGAGAACUUUGUGCUGAAGAUCCUCUUCUGCAAGCAGACAGACAACGGGCUGUACACCUGCACGGCCUCCAACCUGGCAGGCCAGACAUACAGCUCCGUGCUCGUCACCGUCAAAGAACCCUCAAUACCCUUCAAGGAAAAACUGAAGGAUCUUGAAGUGAGGGAGAAGGAAUCUGCCACGUUCCAAUGUGAAGUGCCUGUUCCUAGUACAGAGACAGCUUGGUUCAAGGAGGAAACCAAACUCCGGCAGAGCAAGAAAUACAACAUCGAAGAAGAGGGCACGUAUCGCCGGCUCACUGUCCAGAACGUCACCACAGAUGAUGAUGCUGUCUAUAUCUGUGAGAUGAAAGAAGGGAGCAGGACCAUCGCAGAGUUGUCUGUCCAAGGGAACAUCAUUAAAAAACUUCCACGAAAGACUGCAGUCUUCAUAAAUGAUACAGCCAUCUUCUGUGUGGAGCUGGACAAUGAAUGCCAGAACAUCCGAUGGCUGAAAAAUAAAGAAGUAGUGAAACCCAGCGAUCGAAUCUCCAUCACAUGCUCCGGCAAGCAACAUACCAUGAUCAUCCGAGAGUGUAAGAUGGAAGAUGCUGGUGAGAUUGCCUUCCUGGCUGAUGAAAGCAGGACUUCUACACAGUUCACUGUGACCACUCCCAAAAAACCUCCCACCCAACCCCCAGCUGACCCUGUGGUGAAAAAUAAAACAGAAACCUCAGUGACGCUAGCAUGGUCCCCUCCGAAGACGGACCGCCCCAUUCCAAUCGAUGGCUACGUUGUGGAACGCAAGAAACUAACUGGCUUUACCUGGGUGAGGUGCCAUGAGUCUCAUGUCCCUGUCCCAGAGUUCACGGUGAGCAACCUGUCGGAAGAGGCUGACUAUCAGUUCAGAGUGUCUGCAGUCAACGCUUAUGGACAGAGCCCCUACCUGGAGUUCCCAGGGAGCAUGCACCUUGAACCGGUCCUGGCUGUGAAAACCCCCCUGACAACCGUUGAAGCUGUACCUGGAGGGGAUGCCCUGUUUACUGUUGACCUUACGACGACAUGUUCCGGCACUUGGUACCUUAACGGUAAAGUCUUACAGGAAAGUGAGACUUACAUCAUUAAGAGAACCCAAACUACUCACACCCUAAUCAUAAAGAACGUCACCAAGAACCAUGACGGAGCAGAAGUGAAAUUUGUUGCCAAUAAUGUUGACACCAGCGCCAAGUUGAGAGUGAAAGGUGCUGCAGUGAGAUUUACCAACAAGAGCGGAGAUACAGAAAAAGUCUCCGCUCGGCUGCGGGAAGAAGCCAAACUUCAGGCUGAGCUUUCGGACACAGAGGCUACUGUGAAGUGGAUGAGGGAUGGGAAAGAGCUCAAGGCCAGUGAGAAAUACGAACUUCAAACUGUGGGGAAGAAGCACAUCCUGAAAAUUCGCAACAUUGCAGCAGAGGAUGCUGGAGUUUACGAGUGCACCUGUGAAGGGGAUAAAAUGCUCUAUCAGCUUUCAGUGAAAGCACUUGCAAACUUCAUAAACAAAGAGAAAAGUGGAGGAGUUAUCAGGGCUAUCGCUGGAAAACAGGCUGAAUUUGUUUCUGAGACCUCUGAGGCCAACGUCAUGGUUAAGUGGUACAAAGAUGGCAAAGAAAUCACAGCCAGCAAGAAAUUCACCAUGGAAGAUAAAGGAAAACUGCAUAAGCUUGUGGCUUCAGCUGUGACGAAAGAAGAUGAAGGAACAUACACAUGCAAAAUUGGAGACGACAGUCUUAUUUUUGAAUUAAAAGUCUCAGAAGCAGAGGAUGCAUUUAUCAACAAGGACAAAGUGAAGAAGGAGGUGAAAGCUGCACUAUCAGAAAACGCCACGCUGAGCUGCGAGGUGGCCCAGGAGAAGACCGAUGUGAAAUGGUACAAGGAGGGGAAACUGCUCACCUCGAGCAAGAAGUUCAAGGUGGAGUCGGAGGGCAAAUCGCGUCGUCUGGUGGUGGGUCAGGUGGAGAAGAAAGAUGCUGGGGAGUACACCUGCGAGGCUGCUGGCCAGAAACUGACCUUCAAGAUUGUCGUCACAGAGCCAGAAGUCGUGUUUACAAACAAGGACAAAGUCCAGAAGGAGGUGAAAGCUGCACUAUCAGAAAACGCCACGCUGAGCUGCGAAGUGGCCCAGGAGAAGACCGAUGUGAAAUGGUACAAGGAGGGGAAACUGCUCACCUCGAGCAAGAAGUUCAAGGUGGAGUCGGAGGGCAAAUCGCGUCGUCUGGUGGUGGGUCAGGUGGAGAAGAAAGAUGCUGGGGAGUACACCUGCGAGGCUGCUGGCCAGAAACUGACCUUCAAGAUUGUCGUCACAGAGGCAGAAGAUGCAUUUGUCAACAAAGAGAAGGUGAAGAAAGAGGUGAAAGCUGCACUAUCAGAAAAUGCCACGCUGAGCUGCGAGGUGGCCCAGGAGAAGACUGAUGUGAAAUGGUACAAGGAGGGGAAACUGCUCACCUCGAGCAAGAAGUUCAAGGUGGAGUCGGAGGGCAAAUUGCGUCGUCUGGUGGUGGGUCAGGUGGAGAAGAAAGAUGCUGGGGAGUACACCUGCGAGGCUGCUGGCCAGAAACUGACCUUCAAGAUUGUCGUCACAGAAGCAGAAGAUGCUUUCAUCAACAAAGACAAAGUGAAGAAAGAGGUGAAAGCUGCACUAUCAGAAAACGCCACGCUGAGCUGCGAGGUGGCCCAGGAGAAGACCGAUGUGAAAUGGUACAAGGAGGGGAAACUGCUCACCUCGAGCAAGAAGUUCAAGGUGGAGUCGGAGGGCAAAUCGCGUCGUCUGGUGGUGGGUCAGGUGGAGAAGAAAGAUGCUGGGGAGUACACCUGCGAGGCUGCUGGCCAGAAACUGACCUUCAAGAUUGACAUCACAGAUGAUGCGUUUGAACACAAAGACAAAGUGCAAAAGGAGGUGAAGGCUGCACUAUCAGAAAACGCCACGCUGAGCUGCGAGGUGGCCCAGGAGAAGACUGACGUGAAAUGGUACAAGGAGGGGAAACUGCUCACCUCGAGCAAGAAGUUCAAGGUGGAGUCGGAGGGCAAAUCGCGUCGUCUGGUGGUGGGUCAGGUGGAGAAGAAAGAUGCUGGGGAGUACACCUGCGAGGCUGCUGGCCAGAAACUGACCUUCAAGAUUGACGUCACAGAGGCAGAAGAUGCUUUCAUCAACAAGGAGAAGGUGAAGAAAGAGGUGAAAGCUGCACUAUCAGAAAACGCCACGCUGAGCUGCGAGGUGGCCCAGGAGAAGACCGAUGUGAAAUGGUACAAGGAGGGGAAACUGCUCACCUCGAGCAAGAAGUUCAAGGUGGAGUCGGAGGGCAAAUCGCGUCGUCUGGUGGUGGGUCAGGUGGAGAAGAAAGAUGCUGGGGAGUACACCUGCGAGGCUGCUGGCCAGAAACUGACCUUCAAGAUUGUCGUCACAGAGCCAGAAGUCGUUUUUACAAACAAGGACAAAGUCCAGAAGGAGGUGAAAGCUGCACUAUCAGAAAACGCCAUGCUGAGCUGCGAGGUGGCCCAGGAGAAGACCGACGUGAAAUGGUACAAGGAGGGGAAACUGCUCACCUCGAGCAAGAAGUUCAAGGUGGAGUCGGAGGGCAAAUCGCGUCGUCUGGUGGUGGGUCAGGUGGAGAAGAAAGAUGCUGGGGAGUACACCUGCGAGGCUGCUGGCCAGAAACUGACCUUCAAGAUUGUCGUCACGGAGCCAGAAGUCGUUUUUACAAACAAGGACAAAGUCCAGAAGGAGGUGAAAGCUGCACUAUCAGAAAACGCCAUGCUGAGCUGCGAGGUGGCCCAGGAGAAGACCGAUGUGAAAUGGUACAAGGAGGGGAAACUGCUCACCUCGAGCAAGAAGUUCAAGGUGGAGUCGGAGGGCAAAUCGCGUCGUCUGGUGGUGGGUCAGGUGGAGAAGAAAGAUGCUGGGGAGUACACCUGCGAGGCUGCUGGCCAGAAACUGACCUUCAAGAUUGACGUCACAGAGCCAAAACCUGCAUUUAUAAACCAGGAAAAGGUCCAGAAGGAGGUGAACGCUGUCCUGACAGAAAGUGCCACCCUCAGCUGUGAGGUAGCACAGGAUGCAACCAAAGUGAAAUGGUACAAGGAUGGAAGACUGCUCAUUUCCUCUAGAAAAUUCAAAUUGGAAGCUGUCGGCAAAACCCGGCGCCUGGUUAUAGAGCAGCUGGAGAAGAAAGAUGCUGGAGAAUACAUCUGUGAGGCUGCAGGCCAGAAGCUGACUUUCAAGUUGGAACUAACUGAACCAGAGGCUAAAUUUGAAAAUAAAGUUGUCCAGAAAGAGCCUCUCAUCGUUCAAGAAUAUGAAAGCAUCACACUGACUACUUCAGUAACGCCUGAAACUGCUGCAGUAAAGUGGUUCAAGGAUGGAACAGAAAUCAAGGCGAGCAAGAAAUAUGAGAUCAAGAGUGAAGAGGCAUCCAGGACUCUGACAGUGAACCUGGCUGAGAGCACAGACACCGCCGUGUACACUUGCCAGACAAAGAGCGACAAGCAGGAAUUCAAAGUGCAGGUGAAAGAAAUCCCAGUGAAGUUUGCCAAAAAACUUGAAGCUGUUAAUGCCGAGAUUGGAGGCAGCGUCUCUUUGACCUGUGAUGUGAGCCACCCCAAAGGGAAGGUGGUGUGGCGCAGGAACGGAGUUGAGAUCAAGCCCAGUAAGCGUUUCCAGAUUCAUGAGGAGGGGGUCAAACGGACCCUGACAAUAACAGGGAUCCGGGCUGAGGAUGAGGGAGAGUACUCCUGCGAGUCCAGAGAUGACAAGAGCAGCGUUACCAUCACCCCCAAAGCUCCCAGAGUGGUGAAAUUCGUUACGAGUCUCAGCAGCGUGGUCUCUGAGGAAGGAAAAGAGGCUGUGUUCAAGUGCACCGUCUCUCCCAGUGAUGCCGUGGUCACUUGGCUCAGGAAUGGUGUCAAGAUUGAAGCCAGCAAGAAGUAUGUGAUCUCGCAGAAGGACACCAACCACAGCCUCACCAUCACUGAUCUGACGCUGGAAGAUGCAGCUGAAAUCUCCGCCAAUGCUGAGGGUGUCGAAAGCACAGCCAAUCUCAGAGUCCGAGAGGCCUCAAUCUCAUUCAAGAAGAAACUGGAGCCCCGAACAGUUGAAGAGAGGGACACAGUGAUCUUGGAGGUAGAGCUGAUCAAGCCUGCAGAAGUGAAGUGGAUGAGGAACAGCAUCAUACUGAAGCCCAGUGAAAAAAUAGAGAUCAAAGCUGAGGGAACAAAGCAUACCUUGGUGGUUAAGGACAUCUCCUUUGCAGACAGGGGCUUCUACUGCUGUGAGAGUCCUGAUGACAAGACCCAAGCCAAGAUCAAUGUGGAAAUGAGGCAGAUCAAGCUGGUGAAAGGUCUUCAGCCCCUCGAAGUCUCUGAGAAAGGGACCGUCACCUUCGAGGUGGAGGUGUCACAUGAGGACGUGGAAGGGACCUGGCAGAAGGACAGCGUUCGGCUGAAGCCUUCACCGAAUAUCAGUUUUGGUGUCCUGGGGAAGAAACAUUCACUGACUCUUUCUUCGGUGACUCUUGAAGAUGCAGGACUCAUCUCCUUCAAAGCAGAUGGCAUUCAUACAUCAGGGAGGCUCACUGUGACAGAAUUGCCUGUGAAAAUCAGCAAACCUUUGGUAGACGUCAGUGUAACUCAGAAGGACAAGGUCACAUUCGAGUGUGAGCUGUCUAGGCCCAACGUGGAUGUUAAGUGGUUCAAGGAUGGGAAGGAGCUCCGACAAAGUAAAAAAGUGGGGAUUAUUUCCCAGGGAAAUAAGAGAAGCCUCGUUAUUCACAAGUGUGAAUAUGAAGACCAGGGAACCUAUACGUGUGACGCAGCUGAAGACAAGACAUCAGCUACCCUAAAGGUUCAUGGAAAGUCCUAUUCGCUGACUUACACGUGCGUCCAAGUCGAAGAUGCAGCAGAGAUCAAAUUUGUAGCAGAAAAGGCAGAAUCUCGUGCCCAGCUUACUGUAAAAGAGCUGCCUGUAAAAAUUGUGAAGCCUUUGCGGGACAAGAUUGCUCUUGAAAAACAUCGGGGAUUCCUGGAGUGCCAGGUGUCUCGUGCCAGUGCCAAAGUUAGGUGGUACAAAAAGGACAUUGAAAUUCACCCUAGUGACAAAUACGAAAUUGUGAGCGAUGGUGUCUAUCGGAAACUCAUCAUCAAUGAUGCAGAUUAUGAAGAUGAAGACACGUACACUUGUGACGCCUUUGAUGACAAAAGCAGUGCUACUUUCUUUGUUGAAGAGCAAUCCAUUAGUAUUGUAAAGGAGUUGUGUGAUGAGGACGUGACUGAGCCUGAAGAAGCCAAGUUUGAAUGCGAGAUAUCCAUUCCAUCCGUGAAACCCCCCAAAUGGUCUCUACGCGGAGAAGUCUUACAGGCCGGCAGAAACAUUAUCAUGCAGCAAGAAGGCACCAUCCAUAGGCUGACAAUACUGAAAACGAGUGCUGAUAUGACAGGCACCAUUCAGUUCUCCAUUGGCAAAUCAAAAUCCACAGCAAACCUGCUUGUCAGAGAUUACCACAUACAGAUCACCAGGAAGAUGGAGGACAAGACAGCUCUCGAGCGCCAUUCAGUCAUCCUGUCCUGCGACUUCAGGCCUUCUCCAAAGGUUGUGAAGUGGUUCAAGGGCCACACACCCAUUGAGCCCUCCGAGAAGUACAAAAUCAAGCGGGAGCAGCAUUCGGCAGAGCUCAAGAUUUUGAAGGUGAAGCCUGAAGAUGCUGGCGUGUACAAGUGCAGGGCUGGAAACGCGGAGACAGAAGCCACGCUGACCGUUGAAGCCCGCAAUGUAGAAGUACUCAAACACCUGCAGGACGUGGAAAUCGAAGAAGAGAGUUCCGCUGUCUUCUCCUGCGAGCUGUCUCACGAUGACGAGGAUGUGGAAUGGUUCCUCAACGGCACCCUCCUUUACACCAACAAUUUCAAUGACAUCAGGAACGUUGGCAAUUGCUACACGCUGACGAUGAAGCAGGUCAAGCCUGAGGAUGCUGGCACAGUGACAAUGAAGUCAGACAAGGUGUCAGAGAGCGUGCGUCUGAAGGUGAUAGAGAAGCCUGCUGUCUUCAUGAAGUCCUUGGACGAUGUUUUUGGUGAGGAGCGAGGUGUGAUUAAACUGGAAUGUGAAGUCUCCAAAGAGAAGGUCAAACCUGUUUGGAAAAAGGAUGGCGUGAAGCUCACUUCUGGUAACAAGUAUGAGCAGAUACAGUCUGGGAAGACGCUGUGCCUCCUUAUCCAUGACCUUGAAAAGACAGAUGCAGGCUUAUAUACCUGUGAUAUUGGCACUGAUGUUGCCAAGUCAAAGGUCAGCGUUCAGGAACUGAACAUUGGCAUCACCAAACGGCUGAAGAACACUGAAAUCCAGGAGGGAGAAGAUUGCACUUUUGAGUGUAUUUUGUCCCAUGAAAGCAUUGACGACUUCAACUGGACACUGAACGGGAGCAAAGUGGAAAGUGGUGGGCGAUUUAAAGCCUCUAACAUAGGUCGGAAAUAUAUGCUCAAUAUCAAAAGUGUGAUUCCUGAUGAUGCUGGGGAAGUAAUUUUCACUGCCCGUGGUCUAACCUCCAAGGCUUCUCUGGUUGUGAAAGAAAAACCUACUGAGGUUACAAAACAGCUGGAGGAUAAAACAUCAGCAGUGGGGCAGGACAUCAGCCUGAGCUGUGAAUUGUCGAAACCUGAUGUGAGCAUCAGGUGGUACAAAGAUGGCAAAGCAAUCCGAAAAAGCCAGAAAUAUGACUUGCGCCAAGAGGGAACACGGGCCAUUCUGAUCAUCCAUGACUCCACGGUCAAGGACAGUGGGGAGUACACCUGUGAGACAGAGGUCUCUAAAACGAAAGCCAGGAUCACAGUGCAAGAAAAACCUAAUUAUUUUGUCAAGGAACUUUCAGAUCUGAAAGUCGAUGAAAGUGGAACUGCAGUUUUUAUGUGCCAGAGUGAGAAAGCUGCAUCUUCUGUGGUCUGGAGGAAAGGCAUAGCUGAGCUCAGGGCUAGCAGGAAAUACGAGAUCACACAGAAAGGACAAGUCUUCCAGCUGACCAUAAAUAACUUGGAGAAAAGUGACAGUGACACUUAUACCUGCGAUAUUGGUGAUGCCCAGUCCAGAGCCAAGCUAGUCGUGCAAGGCCAGAAAGUGCUAAUAACAGAAGACCUGGAAGAUGUCACUGUGUUAGAAGGAGAAUCUGCCAUGUUCAAAUGCAGAAUCUCUCCUGUAGACUAUAGUAAAGUGCAGUGGUUUUUGGAUAAAACCCCACUCCAUACCAAUGAACUUAAUGAGAUCCAGUCUCAGCCUGGUGGAUAUCACUUGCUAACGUUGAAAAAACUCUCACUGAAGGACUCGGGGGUCAUUACAUUUGAAGCUGGUGAUAAGAAAACAUCUGCCAGUUUGGUUGUUAAAGAGAAGCCUUGCAUCUUCACAAAGGAGCUGGUUGAUACUGAAGUCACUGAGGGAGAGGAUGUGAUCCUUCACUGUGAAACCUCCAAAUCAGACAGCCCUGUAAAGUGGUGCAAAGACGGGAAGAGCCUUAGGAAUUCUUCCAAGUAUAACAUCAGCCGGUCGGGAUUUGAAGCCAAGCUUGUCAUUCACAGGGCAGAAGAAAGAGACAGUGGCAGAUAUGAGUGUGAGGCUGGAGCAGCUAAAAGUAGUGCGGUUAUUACUGUCAAGGCCGUCUCUGCGCUCUUCGAAGAAGAGCUGAAGAGCGUGGAAGCUGUGGAAGGUGGGACUGCCACCCUGCGAUGCCAGCUGAGCAGAGAGGGCCCCGUGGAGUGGAGGAAGGGGCACGCUCUUCUCCGGCCGAGUAACAAGUACAGGAUGAGGCAGGAGGGCACGGUGGCUGAGCUGCUGAUCCACGAUCUGGACCCAAAGGAUGCUGGAGACUAUACAUGUGUAGUGGGGAACCAAAAAACCACAGCAGCCUUAUCAGUGAAUGCCUUGCCUAUCCUCUUCCAAGAAGAAAUGUUGAAUAAGGAAGCUACAGAGGGGGAAGCAGUCACUUUGCACUGUAAACUGAGCAAAUCGGCCCCGGUCGAGUGGAGAAAGGGGAAUAAGGUCCUCAAGCCAAGUGAAAAAUACAAAAUAGAGCAGGAAGGUCCCUUCGCGGAGCUGAUGAUCCGGGAUUUGGAUUUGGCAGACGCUGGUGAUUACAGCUGUGUGUGUGGAGAUCAACAGACUACGGCUGCUUUGACAGUAAAUGUCCUGCCUGCUCUUUUCACCAAAGAACUGACAGAUGAAGAAGCCACAGAAGGUAAAAGUGUCUCUCUGCACUGUGAGCUGAACAAGGCUGCUGCUGACGUGGAGUGGAAGAAGGGACUCAAGACCCUCAAAUCAAGUGACAAAUACAAAAUGAAACGCGAAGGUGUCGCUGCUGAGCUUAUAAUCCAAAACCUCGACACGACGGAUGCUGGAAAUUAUUCCUGUGUGUGCGGAGACCAGCAGACUAUGGCAGUUUUAACAGUACAUGCUUUGCCCGCAUUUUUCAAAGAAGGACUGAAGAACAGAGAAGCCACAGAUGGUGCAACAGCCACUCUGCACUGCGAGCUGAGCAAGGUCGGUGUCCCGGUGGAGUGGAAAAAAGGGGACAAGACACUCAAACCAAGCGAUAAGUAUAGGAUGAGACAAGAAGAUACUGCUGCAGAGCUGUUGAUCCGAGAUCUGGAGGUAGAAGAUACAGGAGAAUAUACCUGUGUGUGUGGAGAUCAGAAGACCUCGGCUGUCUUGACAGUCCAUGCCUUGCCUGCACACUUCAAGAAAGAGAUGAAGAACGAAGAAGCCACAGAAGGUGGAACGGUCACGCUACAAUGUGAGCUAUCUAGGGCUGCCGCUGUUGAGUGGAAAAAGAAACACAAAGUGCUCAAAUCAAGUGAAAAAUAUACUAUGAGACAGGAAGGUACUACAGCACAACUGCUGAUCCAUGCUUUAGAAGUCAAGGAUGCUGGGGACUAUACCUGUGUGUGUGGAGGUGAGAAGACUACUGCAGCACUGACAGUGCAUGCCCUUCCUGCUCUCUUCAAAGAAGAGUUAAGAAAUGAGGAAGCCACAGAAGGUGAAGCAGUGACUCUGCGCUGUGAGCUGACCAAGACUACUUCAGUGGAGUGGAAAAAGGGACACACAGUACUCAAACCUAGCGAGAAAUACAAAAUGAGGCAGAAGGAUGUCACUGCAGAACUGGUGAUCCAUGAUCUAAAUGAGAAUGAUGCUGGCGAUUAUACCUGUGUGUGUGGGGAUAAGCAGUCCACAGCUUCCUUAGCAGUACAUGCGCUGCCUGCACGCAUCAAGGAAAGCCUGAAGGACGAGGAGGUAACAGAAGGUCAAGCAGCCACGCUGCGCUGUGAGCUGACCAAGGUUGCUCAAGUAGAGUGGAGAAAGGGAAGCAGUUUGCUCAAAGUCAGCGACAAAUACAAAAUGAGACAGGAGGGCACGGUCAUGAAGCUGCUUAUCCAUGACGUAGAAUUGAAAGAUGCUGGAGAAUACACUUGUGUGUGUGGAGAACAGGAGACAACAGCUGCCUUGAUAGUGCAUGCCCUGCCGGUGGUUUUCAAGGAAGAACUGAAGAAUGAAGAAGUCCUAGAAGGAGCAUCAGUCUCUCUGCGUUGUGAAUUAAGCAAAGCAGCUCCAGUGCAGUGGAAAAUAGGGUCCAAAGUGCUCAAAGCAAGUGACAAAUAUCAAAUGAGACAGCUUGGCACCACUGCAGAGCUGGUCAUUCAUGACCUAGAAGUAAAAGAUGCUGGAGAUUACGACUGUGUGUGUGGUGACCAGAAGACGACAGCGACCUUAACAGUUCAUGCACAGCCUGUCACAUUUAAGCAACCCCUACAAAAUAUGGAAUCAGAGGAAGGAAGUACAGGUACAUUCUGCUGUGAGCUGUCAAAACCCAAUGUUGCAGUGGAAUGGAGAAAAGGAGGAGUGGGGCUGCAGCCCAGCCAGAAAUAUGAAAUGAGGCAGAGGGAAUGUCUGGUAGAGCUCUUAAUACAUAAUCUCAAAUUAGAAGAUACAGGAGAAUACAGCUGUGAUACUGGGGAUCAGGAAACCAAGGCAUCUUUAAAUGUGAAAGCUCUGCCAGUUCUUUUCAAAAAGGAGCUCAAAGACAAGGAGGCAGAAGAAGGAGCUGCGGUGAAAUUCCAGUGUGAGCUGACAAAGGAUAAUGCAACAGUGGAGUGGAGGAAAGGCACCAUGGAGCUCUUCCCAUGUGCCAAAUAUGAAAUUAAAUUAAGUGGUCGCACAGCUGAACUUGUGAUUCAUAAUGUAGAACCAGAAGAUGCCUCUGAUUACACAUGUGAUACAGGAGACCGGCAGAGCACAGCAGUCCUCAGAGUGAAUGCCAUCAAACCCCAGGUGAAGCAGCAGCUGAAGAACGAAGAAGUGGAAGUGGGAGGAACGGCCAGGCUGCGCUGUGAGAUUUCUAUUGGCAAAGCAGAAGUGGAGUGGAGGAAAGAUGGAGUCGUCCUUCACUCAAGUUCCAAGUACGAAAUGUGGCAGGACGGCACCCUCCGUGAGCUGCGUGUUCACCGCCUGGAGCCUAGCGAUGCUGGAGAGUAUUCCUGCAAGGCUGGAGAUGAGACGACUUCUGCAAAACUGACCGUGAAAGAGCCUGACGUGACCAUCGUGAGUGGCCUAAAGGACAUGGUGGUGUUCGAAGGGGACGAUGUCACAUUUCGGUGCCAGGUUUCUCAUGAAAAUGCAAGGGAUGUUGAAUGGAAGCUACAGGAUGUUGCUCUGCAAAAUAAUGAAAUGAAUGAGAUCUCAGUGGAAAAAGGAAAGAUUCACACACUGACAUUAAGGAAGGUGACCGAGCAGGACAUUGGCACCAUCGCUUUCCGAGUGGGACCCCACACGUCGACAGCAGAGCUCACAGUAAAAGAACCAGCAGCAACCAUAGCGGAGACGCUGAAGGAUGUUACUUCGUAUGAAGGAGAAGACGCAGUGUUUGAAUGCAGGCUGUCUCGGGAAACAACUCAGGAUGCCCAGUGGUUCCUGGGGGAUGUUCCCCUGCAAUCCAAUGAAAUGAAUGAGAUCAGAGUCCAAGGGACGCGUCACACUUUGAUCCUGAGGAAGGUUACACUAGAAGACUGUGGGCCCAUCAGUUUCAAAGUCGGGCAGCAUACCUCAGCAGCACAGCUAACGGUCCAAGCCAAGAACAGCAUUGUCCAGGGCUUGGAGAAUGUGGAAGCUGUGGAAGGAGGGGAAGCCCUGUUUGAAUGCUAUCUUUCCAAGCCCGAGUGCUACAAUUACAACUGGCUGAUUGAUGAUGAACCUGCCAAAACUACAGAAAACACUGAGAUGGUUUACUUUGAAAAUGGACGCAGGCAUCUGCUGCUGCUGAAGAACCUAACUCCCCGGGACAGCUGCAGGGUGACUUUUAUGUGCAGUGAUGCAGUGACCUCAGCCUUCCUGACGGUGAAAGGAUGGCGCCUACAGAUCUUGCAGCCCCUCACAGAUGUGGAAGUCUCUCCGGGGGAGAAAGCUACGUUUACCUGCGUUCUAAGUGAAGCUGUGCCAAUUAAUGAAGUUGCCUGGUAUAGUAAUGACAUAGAGAUCCAGUCGGAUGAGGACUGGGAAGUACAAGCAGAUGGAAAUAAACACAAACUUAUUCUGAAAAGAGCCCAACCGCAUCAUUCUGGAGAGGUGACCUUUGCUUCCAGGGAAGCAAUUGCAUCAGCCAAGUUAUCUGUGAUAGCCCACCCUGAUCCACCUGAAGACCCAGAAGUUUUAAGUAAGAACAGUCACUCUGUAACUCUGUCUUGGUACAAGCCGUUGAGCGAUGGCGGUUGUGACAUCCUAGGCUACAACGUGGAGAGGAAAAUCCCAGGUAUUGGCUGGCAGUCAUGCAGCAAGGGCAUUAUUCAAAACACGGAGUUUAUGGUGGACGAUCUCACCCCGGGUGAACCCUACAGAUUCCGCGUCUCAGCUGUGAACAAAGUUGGGGCCAGCGAGCCGGUGCACUUCCCUCAGAUGGUGCGGCUAGGUGAGAAAGGAGAGAUGUCCCCGUGGAGGACCGCGAGCUGCUGUAGACCUUUUUCAGAAGGGGAGGUGGCUCGCUUGGAGUGCAAAUUAUCAAGUGAAACUGAAGAGAGUGUGACAUGGUUUAAAGGAAAAGAACAAAUACAAGCUGGAGGGAGAUAUGAGAUCCUCUCUGAUGGAAAAAAGCAGAUACUCAUUAUUCAUGCAUUUAAACCUGAAGAUCAGGACACGUAUACCUGCAUGGUUUCUCCAGAAUCAAUGUGUCCCAGAGGGGAAGCACCCCCUGCAAGCCAACCAGAAGAGCUGGUGGAUGGCCAUGUCCAGCCCAGCUUGCCCCCUGAGGCUGCUCAGGAGGGAGAUCUUCACCUCCUGUGGGAAGCCCUGGCCAAGAAACGCCGGAUGAGCCGGGAGCCCACCUUGGAUUCCAUCAGCGAGGUGCCUGAAGAGGACGAGAAGCUUCAGAAGUUGAGGAAGGAGGAAGCGGAGAUGUCUCACUAUUACUCAGAGGAGUACUCCACCUGUGAUGAGCUGGCUAGGACAGGAGAAGCAGAUUUCUCUUUCACAAGCUCAGAUGAUGAGUCUAGAGCUGGGACUCCUUCGCUAGUAAACUACCUCAAGAAAGCUGGGAAGACAACUAAAUCCAGUGUGGAGACUGUUGUGGCUGCCCCAGCUGCUAAGCCAACGGAACCAGAAAUACCAGAUUUAGAUGAUCCUUCCAUGAACAAGGCCGCUGUGAAGAUCCAAGCUGCUUUCAAAGGCUACAAAGUCAGGAAAGAGAUCAAGCAACAAGAGUGCCCAGUGUUUACUGAGACCUUCAAAGAUUUCUCUGGUGAACCUGGAAGCACUCUCCACCUCGAGUGUGUAGCCCACAGCAAAACUGACAUGAAAGUCCGUUGGCUGAAGGACGGGGAAGAGCUUUCAGACGGUCGCUACUAUCACAUAGACAAUUACAGUGAUGGGACCUGCUCUUUGAUUAUCACUGGCCUGGACAGGAAAGAUGCGGGUAAAUACACCUGUGAGGCAUCCAAUAAAUUUGGCAAGGUUUCACACAGUGCUAAGGUGGUUAUUGGCACUCAGGAACCUCAAACAGAGAGCUCGUCUGGCAGUGAGCUGGAUGAUGCUUUCCGUAAAGCAGGAAGGAGACUUCAUAGACUCUUCAGGGCCAAGAUCUCAACAGAGAUAUCCGAUGUGGAGGAAGAGCUCUUUGUCAGUGCAGAUGAAGGGGACAUAGAGGCGGUCGACCAUCAGACGUAUCGUGAGGAUGACCAGUACAUCUACAUCAAGUUUGAAAUCUUGUCUGAGGCAAAAACUGCUGCCACUCGAUUCAGAGAGAUGUUUGGUGCUCUGGGAAUUCCCGUGGAGAUUGACAUUUUGGAACAAGGCCUUAAAAAAAUUGAAUUGCGUAUUGGGAAAGCAACACCACCCACCCAUGGGAAGUUUGCACCACCGGUAGCGAGGCCUCCACCACCUUUGCUGACUUCUGAUACAGCUCCCGUGUUCAUGACUGAGCUCCAAAACCAAGAGGUACAAGAUGGAUAUCCAGUCAGCUUUGACUGCAUUGUCGUUGGCAAACCGCUCCCCACAGUUCGCUGGUUCAAGGAUGGGAAAGCUAUUGAAGAAAAUGAUCAUUACAUGAUCAACGAGGACCAGGAAGGGUGCCAUCAGCUGAUCAUCACAGCUGUGGUCCCCACUGACAUGGGUGUUUACCGUUGCCUCGCUGAAAACAACAUGGGAGUUGCUUCAACCAAGGCUGAGCUUCGAGUGGACUUGACCAGCACCGACUAUGAGACAGCAGCAGAUGCAACAGAGACAUCUUCUUACUACAGUGCCAAAGAAUAUAUUUCAAGCCGAGAACAGGAGGAAUCUACCACUGAGGAGGAGCAAUUGCCCCAGAUCUUCGAUGAGCUUCAUGAUAUUCAUGUGGCACCUGGAGCAUCACUGGCUAAAUUUCACCUGAAGGUGAAAGGGUACCCGCAGCCUCGUCUCUAUUGGUUCAAAAACGGACAGCCGUUAAAGGCCUCGGAUCGCAUCCUGAAGACCGAUAAACAGGAAUUCCACUCACUGGAAAUUCGUGACAUCACUAAGGCAGAUGCUGGCCAGUACUCAAUAUUUGUCACCAACUCUGCUGGUUCUGCAUAUUCGUCGGCCAGGCUGGUAGUCAAAGAUCCUGAUGAGAAAGAAGAGCCAUCAGACACAGAUUCCCAUGAGCAGCUGAUACCACCAAGAUUCCUAGAAAGAUUUACUAAUAAAAAGGUGAAAAAAGGUGCCAGCAUCACAUUAUCUGUAAAAGUUGAAGGACAUCCACCACCAACUAUUACUUGGCUGAAAGAAGAGUCUCGGGAAGACAUCCUGUGGAUCAAACCAGACACUCCUGGGUAUAAACUUGCCAGUUCAAAUAUGCAUCACAGUCUAAUCCUGUUGGAUGUUAAAAAGAAGUACAGUGGAGCUUAUACGUGCAUUGCUACCAACAAGGCUGGCCAGUCCAUCUGCACCGCCACCCUGGAAGUUGCAGACGAAAAAGAUGUAGAUGAAAAGGAGAAGGUAAGAGAAGCUAUUUUCUCUCUCCUGCUCCUGCCCUUCACAUCUACAGCUGAGAUGAUUAAAAUUCUCUCUUUUCCAGGAGACCUUGAAGCUGGUAGAGAAGGUGUACCCAAAAGCCCUAUUUCAUUAGCUGAUGUUGGCUCAGAAGAGUUCUUCCAGAAACUCACCUCGCAUAUCUCAGAAAUGGUAUCUGCAAAAAUAAGUCAGGCUACACUUCGAGUGCCAGGUGCAGAAAGUGAUGAUGAAUCAAAAACUCCCUCUGCAUCUCCUCGCCAUGGACGAUCCAGACCGUCAUCCAUUGCUCAGGAGUCCUCCUCUGAAUCUGAAGAUGGGGAUGCCAGAGGAGAGAUCUUUGACGUCUACAUGGUCACAGCUGACUACGUUCCUGCUGCUCCUGACAGGGAGACCAUCACUCUGAAGGAAGGCCAAUAUGUGGAAGUCCUUGAUUCAGCUCAUCCUCUGAAGUGGCUGGUCAGGACUAAACCCACAAAAUCUAGCCCCUCACGACAGGGUUGGGUAUCUCCAGCUUAUCUGGACAAGAAAUUAAAGUUGUCACCAGAGUGGGGAACAACAGAAGCUCCUGAGUUCCCCGGAGAGUUUGUUUCUGAAGACGAAUAUAAAAGGAAGCUAAGCGUUCUUAUUCAAGAACUGUUGAUCUCAGAGGAGGAUUACAUUCAAGAUCUACAGUUCCUCCGGACUCAUCAUCUUAAGUACACUGAGACCUGUUCCAAUGUUCCAGGAGCUGUCGCUAGUCAGAAAUCCACCAUCUUCAGAAAUAUUGAUGAUAUUGCUUGCUUCCAUUCCAGCGUCUUCCUCCGAGGCUUGCAGAAAUGUGACACUGACGAUGACGUGGCCAUGUGCUUUAUCAAGCACGAAGCAGAGUUUAAUAAGUACAUCCAGUACCUUGUGGGGAGGGUACAGGCUGAGUCGAUUGUUGUCAGCAAAGCUGUCCAGGAUUUCUACAAGAGAUACACAGAUGAAAUUUUAACUAAUGAAGAUCCUUCACAGCCACUUAUCCCACCACUGCAGCACUACCUGGAAAAACCCAUAAACAGGAUCCAGCAGUAUCAGACUAUAAUCAAGGAACUAAUCCGAAACAAAGCAAGAAAUAGCCAAAACUGCACUUUGCUGGAGCAGGCUUAUGCCAUUGUGUCUGCACUCACCCGAAGAGCAGAAAACAACCUCCAUGUCUCACUCAUUGAGAACUAUCCAGGGACCUUGGAAAGCCUUGGUGAACCCAUCCGACAGGGCCACUUCAUUGUGUGGGAAGGAGCUCCAGGAGCUAGAAUGGCGUGGAAAGGACACAAAAGACAUGUCUUCCUCUUCAAAAAUUAUAUUGUGAUCUGCAAACCGAAGCGAGACACAAAGACAGACACCUACAGUUACAUCUUCAAGAACAUCAUGAAGCUGAACAACAUAGAUGUGAACGACCUUGUGGAAGGCGAUGACCGGGCGUUUGAGAUCUGGCAUGAACGGGAAGACUUGGUCCGCAAGUACCUCCUUCAGGCACGUACAGUGAAUAUCAAGAACUCCUGGGUGAAGGAGAUCUGUGGCAUACAGCAGCGGAUCAGCGAGCCUGUCUGGAUACCUCCAGACUUCGAGGAAGAACUGGCAGAUUGUACAGCUGAGCUGGGAGAGACAGUCAAACUGGCUUGCAAAGUUACGGGAGCUCCCAAGCCAUCUGUCAGCUGGUACAAAGAUGGAAAGCCUGUGGAGGUGGAUCCCCAUCACAUUAUAAUAGAAGAUCCCGACGGUUCCUGCACCUUGAUCUUGGACAACCUAACAGGUGUUGACUCAGGACAGUACAUGUGCUUUGCUUCCAGUCCUGCUGGAAAUGCCAGUACCUUAGGAAAGAUCCUUGUUCAAGUGCCACCACGGUUUGUGAACAAGGUUAGAAAUGCUUAUUUUGUUGAGGGUGAAGAUGCUCAGUUUACCUGUACUAUCGAAGGAGCACCUAGGCCUCAAAUCAGAUGGUACAAAGAUGGUGUACUGUUGAAGGACACAGGUAAAUACCAGACUUUCAGUGAACCACGGAGUGGCAUAAUAGUCCUGGUGGUCAAGAACCCUUCCAAUGAAGAUAUGGGACACUAUGACUGUGAGCUGGUGAACAGAUUAGGGUCUGCAAAAAGUGGAGCAGAACUUUACCAUCACAGUGCUGCAGCCCUGACCCAGGAGAGGAGAGGAGACCAAGCCAUUACCAUAGAAGUCACUGAACAAGAGACUAAAGUGCCCAAGAAAACCAUCAUCAUAGAGGAAACGAUAACCACCGUGGUGAAGAGCCCAAGACAAAGGGGAAGGGUUUCUCCUGCACGUUCUUCUUCAGGUCAUUCGCCUUCCCACUCCCCAAGAGCGGAGCCCACUCCAGAGCCAGUUUAUGUUUCAAAGACCAGGCAGCCUGUCCACAGACAUGAGCAGGAGGCAACACCGAAGUCUGCUGUUCCCAUGCUUUUUGUCACAGAACCAGAGGACAGGCAAGGAGCAGCAGCUAGAGAUGUCAACAUAGAGACCAAGGUGGAAGAGAAAAAGCCCAAAUGGGUUGAAGUGGAAGAAAUAAUUGAAUUCAAGGUAAAAAAAUCACCAAAACCUGCAAGGAAAAGAGGCUCUUCCCCAGCAAAACAAGAGAAAGAUGACUCAGGGGUGUUAACCUUCACUUUUCCAAGCUCAAGGCCUAGGCGUUCCCCAGAAGAUGAUCCAAACACAAACAACUCCAAUAAUAAAUUGGUGGAACAGUCAAAAUCUGUGCCUAAUGACAGUCUCUCUGAAGCCGAUAUCCAGCCCCUGGUGUAUGCAACCGAGCAGGAAGGACCUCAAGUCAGCAGCGAAGACAGAAACUCCCCAUGUGGGUCCGAACAACUAGGAAAUGAUCCAUUUAUGGAUUAUGGAACCGAAGGAAAGAGCUUCCCACAGGAAACAAGUGCUCACUACAGGUCAGACGUCGCUUCCCCACUGCUUGCCUGUGGGGGUGAGCCUUUGACCUUCAGUUUUGAGACAGCUACUGCAGACCAGCAUGAACUUCUGUUCUCACCAGCGAGUCCAGAGGUUAAGGAAGAGGUAGAUGAAUUAGACGUGUCUUGGCCUGUUGAAGAUGGGGUACCCGAAGUAAUGCAAGAUGUCCUUCCAGAAGAGGAUAAUGUCAUUAUAGUUGAUGAACCAGAGGAACUACAGGCAGAUGACAUUAGCACCCGGGACCGCAAAAUCUUAACCCACAAUGGCAAAGUAUUAACUCUGGAGGAUCUUGAAGAUUAUGUUCCUGAAGAAGGUGAGACCUACGGGUGUGAUGACCAGAACCAUACGGCAGAGAAACCCUGCGAGAUCUCCGUGCUCCAGACAGAGAUUAACGAGCCAACGAUUGGGAAGCCAGUGCUGCUGAAUCUGAGAGAAAAGCUGUUCUUCUUGUCUGUAGGAAUGACUUCCCCACAGUCAGAGAUGGAGACUUCUGUCCAGGCCUCGCUUCAGCGUGCUGAUAAGGAGAUCAAGACAGCUUUAAAGAAACUCGUGGACUCGGCGUCACUGCUGGUGACUCUUCCCCCGGGCAUGCGAGGAGGAGCCAGUGGCCUUGGCCUUCCUGGGUCUGUUCCUUCAGACCACUCAGAAACAGCAGCCGGGCCCUCUGCACUAGUUCACGAAGCCAGUACCCAAACCCAGGCUGCUGGAGGGCAUGACAAAGCACAAAGGCAGAUUCCAGCUGAAGAACCAAGUGUGCCAAAGCCCAGCCCCAGUCCUUCCCAUGAAGAGACAGCUGCUGGAGACGAAAGCACUCAGGAGCGCACUGUUCCUAUUACCAGAACAUCACCAGCCACGGGGGCAGGAGACUGGUACAGAAGAGAAGGAGAUGUGGUCUGGGAUGUACACAGUGAAGUUUAUAUUGAGACCACGGAAAGAACUUGUGUGUAUAAGACCGAGGAGAAGACCCCAACAAGUCCUCCCUAUAUGCAAGUGACAAUAGAGGAUGUGCAGGUGAACUCUGGGGAGCGUGCCAAAUUUCAGGCAGUCAUUGAAGGAACCCCUCAGCCUACCGUUUUAUGGUUUAAGGGCACUUCAUUGCUGACAGACAGCAACAGGCUCCAUCAAGGGAAGGAAGGAACAACGUAUUUCUUAGUCGUGGACAAUGCUGUCUCGGAAGAUGGUGGUGUUUAUACCUGUGUUGCCAAAAAUGCAGGAGGGGAGGUUUUGUGCAAAGCAGAGCUUAUCGUACAUGAAGGUAAUAAAGACCAAGCAGCAAAGAAAGUGGCCACUAGGAGAAAGCUCCAUUCCCUUUAUGAGGUUAAGCAGGAGAUUGGAAGGGGCUGCUUCAGCUUUGUGAAACGAGUUGUACACAAAGGGAACAGAGUGUCUUGUGCUGCCAAAUUCAUACCUCUACGAAGCAAAACGAAGGCUCGAGCACAUCAAGAGAGGGAUAUUCUUGCCUCUCUGUCCCACGACAGAAUUACCAGGCUCCUGGAUCACUUUGAAACGCGGAAAACAUUGAUUUUGAUUCUGGAGUUAUGCUCCAGCGAAGAGCUCCUUGACCGUUUAUUCAAGAAAAGUGUCGUCACUGAAGCAGAGGUCAAAUUGUAUAUCAAGCAGAUUUUGGAAGGAAUCAAAUAUCUUCAUGACAACAACAUCCUUCAUUUGGACAUUAAGCCACUGAAUAUCCUCAUGGUUUAUCCUGAAAGGGAAGACCUUAAGCUCUGUGACUUCGGAUUUGCUCAGAAGAUCACGCCCUUUGAGCCACAGUUCAGCAAAUACGGGUCUCCGGAGUUUGUUGCCCCAGAAAUUGUCUCUCAGUCACCAGUGUCAAAAGCAACCGAUAUCUGGGCUGUUGGAGUCAUCACAUAUUUAAGCCUAACGUGCAAGUCUCCAUUUGCUGGGGAGAAUGACAGAGGAACCCUUCUAAAUAUCCAGAACGGGGAAAUUUCGUGGACCAUUCCUGAUUUUGUUCACUUGAGUGAAGAUGCAAAGGAUUUUAUGAAAGGGAUCCUACAGCAGCACCCCAAAGCCAGGCCUAGUGCUUUGGACUGUCUUUCCCACAAGUGGUUCAUGCAUAAUCUCCCCCUCGAAGCAGCUCACUUCAUUAAUACCAAGCAGCUCAAAUUCAUUGUGACUCGGAGCAAGUGGCAGCGGUCUCUGAUGUGCUAUAAAUCCAUACUGGUAAUGCGAUCUAUCCCAGAAAUCCUAGAAAGGACUCAUGACAACACCUCUCUGGCCAUCUCCCGACAUCUUAUUGAAGAAAGCACUUCGUCCAGUACCAGCGGCUCCUCUUCAGACAAUGAGAACUCGCAUUUCCCCAAGAAAAGACACUUUGGCUCUACACCUGAACUGCACUUGUCCAUAUUUGAUGCCCCAAGCCAUCAGGAGCCUCCAAAACAUGCAAGUGAAGAGAAGCACUCCAAAAUCUCAGUCCCUCCAGUAAAACCCACGAGGAGGAAGUAUGCUUCAAUGAAAGCUGAGGUGGAGGACAAAUCACCUACAGAAAGCAAAGAGCUCAUGGCAAGUAUCUUAAAGGAGAAAGAGGAGGGGCUCCAUCCCAGACUUCGAGAUGAAAGAGCAGAGCAGUCCCAAAGAAGCGGUGCUGCUGAGCCUUCAUCAGUGAGGACUUCCACAGAAAGCACACCGCAUCUAUGUCAGAAAGAAAAACCAGACAUAUUUUUAUCCGAUAAGGACAGAACUGAAAAGGCUGGGGAUGGGACAGAAAAGCCACCCGUCUGUGUUCCUAGACAGAGUGUCAUUAAAAGCACUUUCUACAGCCAAGCAGCUGAGCUACCUGCAAGGGGGCCUUCCUCAACAGGCAAGGAGUUCAGAAGGCACCUGGACAGAGCCAGAAGGACUUUCCGGAAAGCUGGAUAUUCGAAGGUGCCCCUCAGUGGUCUCCGUGAACCCCUUCUCGAGCAGUUUGAACUGGAAGAAGAAGAAGGAAAGUCUGACAAUGGAGAUGAUCACAGGGAAAGUCUGCUUGGUUCCUUGACCAAAUCAGCUUCAUUUGACACUGCAAGGAAACCACCACACCCUGCCAUUGCUGGUGCUAGCCGAAGCCGUUCCCUGGAUGACUACAGGCUGAGAGCCUCAAGAUCAGUGAGAGAACAAGAUAUUUUGGAAGAAGACUGUGAUAUAUUGUCACAGGAAAGUUGCCCUGAAGGCAGUGACCACUGCGACAUUUCUGCAGGGCCUGGCAAGGGAUGUUCUGUAGACACUUCAAAGCAAGAGGACUUUAGGAGAGCCAGCAAGGAUUGUUCAGAAGAGCAGCCCCCUCCUUCCACACAAUGUGAGGAUAAUGGGUGCCCGGCUGUUUUUAUGCAACAGCUAGAGAGACUUCCAGUGUCACCUCAUAGAAGCGAGAAUAGGAAACAUUUACUGAAGAAGUCAAAAGCUACUUACAUUGAGGAGGGAGUUGAAGAUUUGGAAGGCAAAAGCCCCAUUCUGACUGCCCAGUGCUCAGAUGUAACUGCAUCAUCAGCUCAAAAACAUGAAAGCGUGGAGCGUAAAUCUUCCCCUGGCAGUGCCUCUGACACUGCUUUUCCGGAGGGCAAACAGUCCCUUUCAACUCUCACACAGUCAGAGACCACCUCCAAGUCAGCCCCUACAAGUAAGGGAGGCACGUGUCUGUCCCAGGAGUCUGCUCACAGUACCGACAUCCAUCCAGAUCUAAGAGGUGGAAGCUUGCUUAUCAAAAGGACAGCCCCAGUUCCGCCUGGGAAAGACAAAAGGCAGAAACGUUCCCAUGAGAAGACUUCUGCUCAUAGUGUUGCCAAAUCUGAUCUCAUGGAGCAUGAAAGCUCUGCUGUUUUAACAGGCCCACAAACAGAAACCGAUUCACUUCCAGUAUGUAAAGACAAAAGUCAGGAACUUCCUGGUCAAAGUGUUCCACCAACUACUGUUUUGCUGGGCGAACGGCCAGGUACCCUAACUGCUCUACACACAGCUAAUGAAGGUGCUUAUCAGAAGAUGAAGACCUAUAAAGAGGUGAAAUCUGCUGUCCUGGAGGAUGAAGGACCAGGUAUUACAGGAUUCACUCCACCGUCAGCCCGUGAUGGUGAAAGCCAAGCACACAAGAGGGCUCCUGUUCACGUAGACACAGCAUCAGCCGUCCUGAAGGGAGAGCAUCUCGUCGUUCCAAAAGUCCCACCAGCAAAAUCAAUGCCGACUUCGGUCUCCGAUGGAACACAGCAGGCUGAAAGGGAACGGCCAGCUCAUAGCAAGGAGAGGCUUGCUGCUCUGAGGAGUGAAAGCUCAGCUGUCGCAGAGGUCAUUCCCAGUUUGGCCCACGAGGCUGAAAUCGAGGGAGCUGAACCCCAGAAGGUUUCUGAAGGCAGUGGCACAGUGCCUGCUGUUCUGGAGAGCAGACACCCAGCUAGAACUGUGUCCUCCCAAAAUACUGGCCUCCCUUCGGUCUGUGAGAGUGGAAAGCAAGAAAAGCCGUCACUUCGCAGCGAGGUGAGAUCUGUUGUGACAGCAAGUGGAAGCCGAGCAGCUGGACAGACUAUGCCUGCUCCUUUCCCCAAGGCUGGACGUCAGGUGUUUGAGCAGCACAGGGGUGCCUAUCCCAGCGGCAGAGUUUCUGCUGAUCUGGAGGGUGGGCCUCCAGGUGUCUUAACUGCUUCACACCCAGAAGUUGCUCCAGCUUCAGUUUAUGAGCUAGAAUAUGAGGAACAUCCAAAGGUUUAUGGUGAGCGUAGAGGUGUUGCCUUAGAAAGUGGAAGCUGUGAUGCUGGAAAAACUGUUCCACUGUCGCUCCACAAGGAUCAAAGUCAGGAGCUCUCACAUCACAGGUCUUCUUUUUACAGUGAUGAGGAAUCUGCUGUACUGGAGGGCUUAGUGGAUGAGAUGGUUUCCCUCUCUGAAGAGAUGAAUGUUUGGGCAGAGUCUGUUUCUGGUGAGGAGGAAGGCAGAAAGCACAUCUCUCCUCCCACAGAGAUGUUCUACAAAGGCCCAGGUAGCCAAGCACCCACGGACACCUCCUUCCCUUCUGUCCAAGGGGGUAAAAGAGGAGAAGUCUCUGAGCUGGAUGACCUUGCAGAACCCUAUCUUGCCGUGAGUGAGGAGUCAGUGGUCCUGGAGGGGCAGGGAGCACAGACGGUUCCUCAUGAAUGUGAGCAUCUGGAGGACUUAGCGUUUGAGAGCCCCACUUCUAGCCAAGUGAGCAUUUCCUCAACAGAUAGCUUGGAUAUUGGAAAAAGACCCAGUCAAGUGUCAGUGAGCAAGGACACUGGUAAACACCCAGAAGUUUCUUUAGUGAAAAUCAAAGACCUGUCGGACGAAACACCCAGCCUUGGCAGCGGAACUCCAAAACUUGACAUAUCAGAGGUAGAGCCUGCCUAUUUGAAUUUCUCUGACUUGUAUGACAUUGUCUAUUUUCCAUUUGAAUUUAUGAACUACAGGAAGCCUCCACCCAAACCAACUGGUAGACGGUUUAUCCCUUUUGGUGAAAGGGCAAGGUCACCUCCUGCAGGACAUUUGCAUAAGGAUAAAAGACUGUGCAUCAGAGAAGAGGCAGUGGACAAGAACAGGAAGAACCGUUUGGAAAUCUCUGAGGAUUCAAAGGCAACUAACUUAUUAGCCACGGGGAAAGGGUCAGAGAGUCAUAAAGAAAUGUACGGCCCCCAAAAGGACUCAAGUGGUAAGCAGAAAAGCUCCUUCUACAACAAGCCAGGACUCUUUAAGCCGUAUGCAAGGUCUCAUUCAGUGGAGCAGUCAGUGGAGCAGAGUCUGAAGAAGAAAGUAAAAGCUUCUGUUGCCCAUAUUUCAAGAAUCCUAAAAGGAAAGACAUCUCCUGAGCCAGAGGCAGAAGAAGGAUCUCUGAAGAGGAAAUCAGCGCUCUCUUCAUUCAAGUUAUCGAGCCUCAUGCCAAAGGAGAAAGCACCCUCGUUCGUUGAGGAGCUCAUCGAUCAGGCUGCUGCUGUCGGACAGUGCGUGACGCUGUCGUGCCGGACGGCGGCUCACUCCUCCCUGCACAUCGACUGGUUCAGAGAUGGGAUACCUGUCCACAGCAGCAGCCGGAUCCUCAUCUCAGCCACGCUCAAAAAUUUCCAGCUGCUAACUAUUCUCUCUGUCAGCGCUGAUGAUUUCGGUAUUUAUACCUGUGUGGCCACAAACUCCCUGGGCUCAGCAUCCACCUCUUGCUUCGUAAGAAAAGCAGAGGUUCCUCCCAGCCCUCCACCCCCUGACAUCGUGGACGUCUACGAGGAUGGAGUGCAGGUGGUCUGGAAACCUGUGGAAACCAACACCCCCGUCCAUUACACUGUCCAGUGCAAAAGCGAAGACGGGGAGUGGACGACUCUUGCUUCUGACAUCGCUGACUGCUGCUACUAUGCCAAAAAUCUCUCCAAGGGGUUUAUCUACUGCUUCAGGAUAGCCUGCACCAGUAAAGCAGGAAUGGGCCCUUACAGCAACCCAUCUGCCAAAGUGAAAAUCACUGGGAAGGAUCAAAUGGCUGCUACUGAAGAAGAGAGCGAAAUAAUCGCACCAUCCGAGCCUUUCCCAACCUACCAGACCUACGCCUUCCAAACAGAGAUCAAAAGGGGGCGUUUCAGCAUCGUCCGACAGUGCAGGGAAAAAGUAAGCGGCAAGACUUUAGCUGCUAAAAUUAUCCCUUACUGGCAAGAGGACAAGCAGACUGUGCUCCUGGAGUACCAAGUCCUGAGGAAGCUUCAUCACACAAACAUAGCUCAGCUGAAGGGAGCCUACGUCAGCCCACGGCACUUAGUGUUGAUCCAGGAGAUGUGCGUGGGACCAGAGCUGCUCCACUCUUUGGCAUUACGGACAUCGUACUCAGAAGUGGAGGUCCGAGAUUACCUGUGGCAGAUCCUCAGUGCCAUUGAGUACCUCCACGCACACAACAUCCUGCACUUGGAUCUCAGGUCUGAAAACAUGAUCAUCACUGAGCCCAACCUGCUGAAACUCCUGGAUUUUGGCAACGCACAGUUCUACACACAAGGCAAAGUUAUUACCAUGGACAAGUGCACGGACUAUGUUGAAACCAUGGCUCCAGAACUGCUGACAGAGCAAGGAGCCCUCCCACAGACUGACAUCUGGUCCGUCGGAAUCACAGCCUUCAUCAUGUUGAGUGCCAACUACCCCGUCACCUCCGACGUAGCCUGCGAGUUUCUGAGAAUGACCAGGAAGGGUAAAGUGAAGCUCACGCGGUGCUACGCGGGUCUCUCCGGGGGAGCGGUGUCCUUUCUCCAGAGCACGCUGUGUGCAAACCCCUGGGGAAGGCCAUCAGCCUCGGAGUGCCUUCAGAGCCCGUGGCUCCAGGAGACAGGUUUGGACAACAGACAGCAAGCACUGGUUACCUUCCCCACCACCAAACUGAGGAAUUUCCUCACCGAACGGGAAAAGAAAAGGGGCCUGCUGUGCUCCAAGUAUGGCCUCAUGAUUGCACAAUGAUGUGGAUGCGGCGACAGACAUGAAUUGUCUCCCUCUCCCCUUCUGCACUUAGUGUUUGGUACCAAAUAGUCCUGCCAAGUUGCUGUGCAUCAGCUGAGCUGGGGUAACUGCUCUCCGUGAAUGCGAUUUAGCAUAACUGAGAAAAUGAACCCAUAUUAUGUGCAUUGCCACAAGGAAAAACAGAAAUAUAGACCUAACAUGGCUCAGCUGACUAACAGUAACUUGACAGUAUGUGUGUCACUUGGCUGCACCCUUCCUGGAAUAACUAGGAGGGAUUUGUGUAGCCCUUUCUGAAUGAGACUAGCUACCAGCCCCAAGCAGCUUUGCAAAUCCUUCCCUGAGGUCAGAAAGACCCCAUGCAUGCAAAUGCUGGGCACUGACUUCUGCCCCUGGCCUCAGGAUGUGAUAACCAGACACGCUUUCAGAUGUUACUGCACUGCUCAUCCCACAGUGACCACCACAGCAAGGUCUGAGCGACCGGUGGGUUUCUCAACUGCCUCCAAUCCAAAAGAAUCCGAUGACCAGUUAUGAAGGGAAAGUAGGGAAGAGUGAAGCACUUUUUAGGGGCUAAUAUUAGACAGCAAUGUAUCUUCAGACUUUGGAUGUAGAGAUCCAACUAGAUAAAGCCCUGAAAAACCUGGCCUAAGCCGACAGCUGACCUUGCUUUGAGCAGAAGGUUGGUCUAGAGACCUCCUGAGCUCCCUCCCAAUCCGUCUUGUCCUGUGAUCCUGUGUCUUUGCCAAGUGCCAGACGCAAGGCUAGAGUGGUGGGACUCUGCUAGCAUCCAUCGGCAGCCAGGCUCAGCAUGUCGCUUACCUGGCCAAGUUCUCCACCGUCCCCAUGGGCCUGACCCAAGAUCAAGCACAGGGCUAGAGGAGGGCUUUUCUAGCUGUGGAGCAACAAGAGGCUGCAAAGGAAGGAAGGGUGUGCUACGUGUGUGACAGUGGUACCACAGAGAAGAUUUUAACCACGGCUUUUCAUACUCUGUGAGGAAACUCCUUCCUGCCCAAGUCACAAGAAACAAGCAGAGACAGUCCCCGUGAAAGCAGCCUUGUAGCUCGACUCUCUAGCACAAAGUGUGUAUGGGAGGGUAACAGCAAUGGGGCUUUCCAGUAACUGAUAAAUUGCACAUCCUACUCCUGCAAGAGGCCAUAGCUUGCUUAGCUUUGAGAAGAGUGACUGUUCUCCCUGAGGCCCAAGUGACCCUCCGUAUGCCACUCCACUUGGGCAGCCCAGCUCCCGCUCUCUUAGAGCCCAGUCCACUGCUCAGUGAGCUGUGUGGCUCUAUGGAGGGUCACCAGCUCUCCAUGGGCACCUGCACUGUCAUGUCUGCAGAGCUGACCAAGCUCCUCAAAGGUUUCAAGGUUUGAAAAUACCACAAAACUUGUUUUUUGGGGCAUGUAUUUGAAGUCUCCCAUUAGACCUAGAUGACAGAGUUACCCAUCACAUAGGAUCUUACAGUAACCCCUCACCUGUCUGAGUGUAUCUGCAUCAAUUAUCUUAAAAAGGUGUUAAAGAACAAACAUACAGAAACAACUCUUGAAGAAACCAAGCUGUGACUUGGUGCACGGGCAUCUCUGGGAAAGAUGUGCCCUAUGGCCAGGAUGCUGGCACACGAAGCAUUUAGUUGUAGGGCUUUCCCCACAAGCGGGGCUAAAACGGGCUUGUGCGGAAAGCCUUUUCUGAGCCCACCCAAGCUGUCAGGUGGUGGUGUGGGUGCUUCAUUGCAGCCUCGCUUUGCUCCCCAUCAAAAACGCUCCCCCAUUCUGCCCCGCUUCACUGCGUUUGUAUCCGUGCGUCCUGCCUGCCACAGGGUAUUUCUGCAUACGCUGUGACUUGUGGGAAUAACUUGGCCACCAGACAGUAAAGGCAGCAAACACAAUGGUGACCGUGACCUCGUGACAUGCAGAUGUUGUACCACUAAGAGACUUUGCCACUUUGAAGCCAGGCUGCUCUUCUCUGGGGAGUGCACAGGCACAUCUACCACGAGAUGUGGCAGCAGUGUCACCGGCAAAUGCUGUGUGUUUUAAUUCUUAAAAAAAAUCCUGAACUUUCAUGUUCCUCUUUCUCCUUCAAAAUCUGCUUUCCUUUGCAAUGGAUGGUGUUAGCUCUGUCAUUGCUUUGUACUCGUAACCUCAGUGUUCCUUUGAGUUUCUCUGAAGUGAAUGACGUAUCUAUUGGUGCCGCUGAGUUUCUUUGUUUUUCCUUACAAGCAGCAGUAAGCGGAGGCUUUCUCAGAGCUGUAUCCAGCUGUGUUAAGAGGAACGAGAACGGGAAGACAGUUCCUAAUGCAUUAUAGUUUAAUACUAGAAGUGAUGCUGUUUAACCAGGAGUGGUCUUUUCCAACACGUUUAACCCAUAUUGUUCCAAACCUGAAGCGUGCAGCAUCAUGACUCCUUUGCUUGCACGGCAUGCAGAGCAGGAAUUGUAACUGAGAGCAGAGGAGCCUUCACUGUGCUGUGGAGAGCAGACAUUGACUCAAUAGAUUGUAAAGCUUUGAACGUCAAAGUAAUAUUGUCUUCACUAUGCACUACAGAAGAGAAAAACAAGGUUUUAGGGCCAGACUCCAUGCUCAGUUCUCUUGGGGGAUAGAGGAGUUACACGAGACAGACACUGCCAUGAGGUCUGCCCCCAAUAAACUUUUCAAGACCCUGGAUUCCUUCCAAUUUAACUUCUUUUACAAAUCCAAUAAGGUUUCUAUUGGCAGAGGCUAGUUCUUUGCUCUUGCUGGUACACUUUGGGAUGGAAAGCUCAGUGCCAGGGGACAACCCAUUUAAGCAUAAAACUUAACUGCAGAUUAAUUCAUUUGGAGGUUUCACACUCUUCCGUAUAUGACUCAAAGGAAGUGAUUUAUUUUUCUUUUUUUUGCUUGUCAACUGCAUGCAUUUGAGCAUGUCUGAAGUCUUUUAUAGACUGUUUGGUUAAAUAAACCAUUCUGACAAGGAAGCAAAGCCAGA